CUCUGAGGAAACAGAGCGAGAGGGGCUUUGGCUGAGGGAGGAUGUUGAUAUGUGUUUAAAUCUGUUGUGUUUUUGCUUGUUGCCAGGACGAUCAUGGGCCCACACGGCAUCAGCCGAGCCGUACAGAGGCUGGAGUUCUGCGACUGCAAGAAGGGACUCGGUGUUAAAAUAAUUGGGGGCUACAGAGAGCUGACAGGAGAGGAGUUUGGUAUCUACAUAAAGCGAGUGAUCGCUGGUGGGCUGGCCGCUCUGGAUGGUCGGCUUAAGUCAGGUGACCUGAUUUUGGAUGUCAAUAACAUCAGCCUGAUAGGGGUGACCAAUGAGAGGGCGGUGGAGAUCUUAAGGACGGCCUCGGUCUCCAAUCACAUGUCCCUGCUGAUCGCCAGAGAUGAGGAAUCCAGGUAA